AUGAAGGCCCUGGCAUUUGUGAACACUUCACAGACAAGCACUGUGACUGAGUUUAUCCUCCUUGGCUUUCCCGGUUGUCAGGAGAUGCAAAUUUUCCUCUUCUCACUGUACUUUGGGGUCUAUGUACUUACUAUUAUGGGAAAUGGGACCAUUGCCUGUGCUGUGAAGUGGGACCAACGGCUCCAUACACCAAUGUAUAUUCUCCUAGGGAAUUCUGCUUUCCUUGAAAUCUGUUACAUUACUGCCAGUGUGCCUGGUAUGCUGGUCAAUUUCCUAUCAGAGACAAAAACCAUCUCUUUUGUUGCCUGUUUCCUCCAGUUCUAUUUUUUUACUUCUUUUGGCACAACUGAAGUGUACUUCCUCUGCAUCACAGCCUAUGAUAGGUACCUUGCUAUCUGCCGCCCAUUGCACUACCCAACUCUCAUGACCCCACAACUCUGCUAUAUCUUGAUGUCUCUUUGCUGGGUGUUCGGGUUCUUAAGUUACUCUAUCUCCACUGUGCAACUCUCUCAAUUGCCUUUCUGUGGUCCCAAAGUCAUCAGUCACUUUAUGUGUGACGUGGAUCCACUGAUGGCUCUGUCCUGUGCCCCAGCUCCUAUUACUGAGAUCAUCUUCUAUACCCUGAGCUCCCUCAUUAUCAUCCUCACUCUUCUGUACAUCCUUGGAUCCUAUACCCUUCUACUGAUAGCUGUGUUAAAAGUCCCUUCAGCAGCUAGCCAGAGAAAGGCCUUUUCCACCUGUGGAUCACAUUUGACAGUGGUGUCUUUGGGAAUCCAGAACAGAACAAUGCAUAUCAUGACUGAGUUUGUCCCCCUGGGCUUCCCUGGUCAAAGAAAGAUGCAGAAUGUCCUCCUCUUUUUAAUCUUGAUGGUCUAUCUUCUGACCCUGCUGGGGAAUGGAGCUAUUGUCUGUGCACUGAAAUGGGACAAGCAUCUCCACAUGCCCAUGUAUAUCCUCUUGGGAAACUUUGCCUUCCUAGAAAUCUGGGGUCUGGUGCCGAAGUCUCCGGGCUUGGGCUUGGAGGACCCAGACUCUGAGGAGGGGUGCAAUGAGGCUGGAUCUGGGCGUGGUGGAAAACCAGCAAGUUGGAUUCAGCUGCGCUCCUGGAAGGCGCUGCCUCUGCCAGGUGGAGCAGCUUUGCUGAAGCGAUGCUGCAGGAGCAGGAAGCCCUCACGCAGCCUUCACGGAGGGAUCCAGCGCCCCCUAUUGGUGGAGCUUAACAGGGAGCAGCUGGCAAAGCAGGAAAGUGAUUCCUGGAGUCCCAGCCCCUGCUGCCUGUGCAGACAAGAAGCAAGUGAAAAUGGGUACAUUGACAACCCCCUGUGCAAGCAGCCUGGAACAGCCAGAUACCAUGAAGUCACCUGUCAUCCCUGGGUCUUCCCAUCUACUCGGGAUGACCAUCUGCUGGAGGGGUCCCAUGUGGAGGAUGCUGCUCCCUCGGUGACCCCUUCAGCAUAUCGGUAUCUGGCCUCCAGGUUACCUCCAAGUCCUCACAGAGACCAGCUGGCAACAUCUGGGGCUGAGUCUCUGCUUCUUUUCUCUGCCAGCUCACUCUUCUCUCCAGGGGCCGAACCACCUGCCCCUCUCUGGGAGGCUCUUGGAGCACCGCUGAGGUUAAUAACCUCCCACCACUUCAUGCCUGGGGAAGCCCAUCAUCCCCUAGUGGGCACCAUCCUAUUUCUGUCCCAUCCUCCCUCAUUCCCUCCCUUUUUCUCCUUCCCCUCUUUUCCCUCCCUGUCACUGCUGCCACCUCCACCACUGGCCUUAUCGCUGAUCCUGAGUCUCAUCCCAACUUAG